AUGGCAGAGGAGCAACAACAACAACAAGCGGCGAAGAAGCAGCGGCCCGAGCAGCCUCAGCUGCCCUCCUCUUCUCCAUUGCCAACCCUGGUGACAGGACUGCAAGGGACAGAGGCCAAUGCACUGCAACAGAAAAUCAAGAACUCCAUCUGUAAAUCCAUACAGUCAAAAGUGGACUGCAUUUUGCAAGAAGUUGAGAAGUUUACAGAUCUUGAGAAACUCUACCUCUACCUCCAACUGCCUUCUGGUCCUAGCAAUGUGGAGAAAAGUGAUCAGAGCUCAUUGUCGUCUAGCCGAGCUCAGCAAACUCAUGCAUUCUCCUGGAUUCGGAAUACCUUAGAGGAGCACCCAGAGACUUCUCUGCCAAAGCAGGAGGUUUACGAUGAGUAUAAGAGCUAUUGUGACAAUCUUGGCUAUCACCCACUAAGUGCUGCUGACUUUGGAAAGAUUAUGAAAAAUGUAUUUCCAAACAUGAAGGCACGACGCCUGGGCACAAGAGGGAAAUCAAAAUAUUGCUACAGUGGAUUGAGGAAGAAAGCUUUCGUGCACAUGCCAUCACUGCCUAAUCUGGAUUUUAACAAGACAGGAGAUGGGCUGGAUGGAAUGGAAGUAUCGGCUCAGCUGCAGAAUGCAGAUGAGGAGGUUGUGUCCGCAGCCUGUCGCCUUGUUUGUGAGUGGGCUCAGAAGGUCCUAAGUCAGCCAUUUGAUUCUGUUUUGGACUUAGCUCGUUUUCUGGUGAAAAGCCAUUACAUUGGUACUAAAUCUAUGGCAGCAUUAACUGUAAUGGCGGGAGAUUCUGCAGGAUUGAAAGGAAUAACACAGACAUCUGCUUUUGUGCCUAUGUCUGAAAGUAAUGCUUUCCACCCUCAAGUGAAGACCCUUGCUUCUCCUGUAGAUGCCAAGCAACAAUUGCAGAGGAAAAUCCAGAAAAAGCAGCAAGAACAAAAGCUCCAGUCACCUUUACCAGGAGAACUGCAGAUGAAGAAACAAGAUGGGCCUGCACCCAAUGGAAUAACGAGUAUUUGUAAUGGAAGCCCUGCAAUCCUUUCUCCUCAGCCUAUUGGAAUUGUUGUGGCUGCUGUUCCCAGUCCAAUUCCGGUACAAAGAACACGGCCACUUGUGACCUCGCCUAGUCCCAUCGGAUCCUCUGAGGGGAAGGUCCUACCGCUAAAUGUUCAAGUAGUCACUCAGCACAUGCAGUCUGUAAAGCAGUCACCAAAGACUCCCCAAAAUGUUCCAGCAAGUCCAGUUGGUGAUCGAUCUGCUAGACAUCGCUACGCUCAGAUUUUGCCUAAGCCAGCCAGUUCUAAUCCUUUGACGAUCCGUUCACCCACCACUGUGGUUAUCACUAGUAGCCCAAUUAAAAAUGUGGUGCCAGCAUCACAUGUCAGUGCUCUGAAUGUUGUGAAAAUGAUCUCUCUCGCUCCCAGUACUGCUAGUACUUCUGUAAAACAAACAACACCUGUCAGCAGCAUUGGAUGUUCAGUAGAUGACAGCAGGACUGUGCCACAAAUCAAGAAUGGCUCUGUCAUUUCUUUGCAAUCUCCUGUACCUCGGAUGGGUACUCCUGUUACAUCUUCAGUGGAGGUAAAAACUGAGCCCGAAAUACUGACAGAAGAGAAUCAAGUACAGUGCCAAGAGAACACAGAUGGUCCUAAAUCUAGAAAACCUACUCCUGUUAUGUUAUUUACACCCAAAGUCAUUCAGGAUAGAUUUUCUAAAGAUAUCAGUGUUGCUCGUGACACUCAAACUUUUAAGGCCCUUGAUCAAAGGGUCGAGGGAACAAGGACUAAAUGUAAAAGUCGCUUAGUGGAAGGGAUUUCGGUUUCUUCAGCCAGCAGCAGUCCAGGUACUGUAACUUUAUGUUUUACAUCCCAGAGUUUAUUCCGAAGCGGUCCCAGUCCAAACGCUAAUAAUGACCCAGCUGGAAAGGACAUCAGAUUAUCUAAUAAGAGUCCGAGAAAACGCUUGACUGCUGCAGUGCAGGACUCGCAGAUACCACCUGCGAAAAAAUCACUUAUUGGUCAGCUCUCUUCAGCCUCUUCAGAAUAUCAGAAACCAGGAGCAGUUAGUGGUGUUAAGAAAGUUCAGAAAGCACUGACAUCGAAAAAUGAUAAUGCAGUAAAUGUUGCUUUAUUACCUAGCAAUGGCAUACAGCAAGGAAAUAGUACAGAGAUGGUAACUAAUUAUUCCUUGAGCUGUGUUGAAAAGACCACUGAUCCUCCCCAAGAGCUCAUAGCUACACCUCAAGAUGUUAAAGUGAAGCUAGAAGGUAAUGUGUUUAAAUUUGUGAGCGAUUCAAAGACUGAGAUCCCUUUUGAUCAAAACACUUGGCAGGAGAUUGCUGAAAGUGCAAAUUUCACAUCUGGUAAUUGUGAGCAGGCUCAAACUAUUGGUGUCCUGGAUAUGCCAGGAACUUCUGGUGCUGAUAACCUGCAAAAAACUGUGUGGGAACCUGUAGACUUUGAAGGACUACCACAAGACGCUUACAGCCAGCAACUUGAGGAUUCUUCUUUGAAUCGGCUUCAAGCACAUUCUUCUAACCAGUUACCUCAGCGCACUGAUCUCACAGACCCUCCUACCACUGACAGUUUCUUUUCAUUUGAUGACGAUCUCACGCAAGACAGCAUUGUUGAGGAGUUAGUACUUAUGGAAGAGCAAAUGUCAAUGAACAGUAACUCUCAGAACUAUGGUAGUUUAGGAAUGGUGCUCCAAAACCAAGCAUCAGCUGCCCAUGGUACACCAGUACCCACACAUUCAAAUAGUGCCCACUUUUUCCAUUCAGUACACAACAGUGGAACUCCAGUUCACACACCUACUCCAACACCCACUCCAACAUUGACUCCAACUCCUACUUCAGAGAUGAUUUCUGGCACUCAGAGUUUGUCGAGAGAGAGCCCAUGCUCUCGGCUAGCUCAGACAACACCUGUAGAUAGUGCUUUGGGAAGUAGCAGGCACACACCAGUUGGGACCCCACAUUCUAACUGCAGCAGUAGUGUUCCUCCGAGUCCAGUUGAAUGCAGGAAUCCUUUUGCUUUUACCCCUAUAAACUCAAGCAUCUCUUACCAUGAUGCUAGCAUUGUUUCUAGUAGCCCUGUUAAACCAAUGCAGAGGCCCAUGGCUACUCAUCCAGACAAGACGAAGCUGGAAUGGAUGAAUAAUGGAUAUAGCUCUGUAGGUAAUUCUUCCGUUUCCUCCCAUGGUAUUCUUCCAAGUUAUAAGGAGCUGGUAGAAGACAGUUUCAGAAAGCCACAUGCUUUUGCUGUGCCUGGUCAGUCAUAUCAGUCUCUGUCGAGACAUCAUGACAAUCACUUUGGACGUUUGACUCCUGUAUCUCCAGUUCAGCAUCAGAUGCCUUCGAUAAGCAGUACCAGCAAACAGGAGGGAUUUGCAGUUCCUGCUCCUCUCGACAACAAAGUAACAGGUACAAGUGGAAAUAGCAAUUUCAGAUGUCGUAGUGUAAGCCCAGCCGUUCACCGCCAACGUAAUUUAAGUGGGAAUACAAAUUGCCCCAUUUCAAAUGCCUCUCGUUCUAACACAACUGCUUUUGGAUCCAUAGUAACUCCAGAAGUUCAAAACAUACUUGCAAAUGUCCAAACAGACACCAGUGCCAACAGCAUAGCGCAAAGAAGUCAGUCAGUCCCUUUAACCGUCAUGAUGCAGACAGCUUUCCCUUCCCUACAGAAACCGAACAACGCCCAAAAUAUCACUCAUGUUCUGUUAAACAAACUGGAUUCGGACCGCGAUGAUGCAGUGCGAGGCUUGGGAAUAAACAAUAUGCCUUCUAACUAUACUGCAAGAAUGAAUCUUACUCAGAUUUUGGAAACAUCUCCCAUGUUUUCUGGUGCCAAUCAACAAAAUAUGAUGAAUUCCAGCACUUCAUCUUAUGAAUUCCAAACGCCAGUUUACCUCACAAAGAAUAGCAGUACUGAUCCAAUUAGUUUUACUACUGGAGACAGCCAAGCACAAUCUGAAAUUGGAGAGCAGCAACUUGAUUUCAACAGCACUGUUAAAGACCUGUUAGAUGGGGAAAGCCUCCAAACCAACCAGCAACUUGUCGUUCAAGUGGCUUCGGAUUUGAACAAUGCCUCUGAUUUCUCCAGCGACAUCCGGUUGUCUUCUGAACUCUCAGGCAGCAUCAAUGAUCUGAACACUUUAGAUCCAAACUUGUUGUUUGAUCCAGGACGGCAGCAUGUACAGGAUGAUGAAGCGACACUGGAGGAGCUGAACAAUGAUCCUUUGUUCCAGCAGAUCUGUAAUGAAUCUAUUAACUCUAUGACCUCCACUGGAUUUGAAUGGAUAGAAAGUAAAGAUCAUCCUACAGUUGAAAUGUUGGGUUAAACUUGUACUAUAAUGUAGCACACUGUAUCAAACAAAAGGCAGACGUUGUAUUUGUCUUAAUGGAAGUGCCUCCCGCAGCAGAAACAUUUAUAAUUAUGAGGUUUUCAAAAAGUUUGCUGCACAGGUUCUCUAUAUUUCAUGUGUUGAUAACAUGCUUGUCAUCUAGUCUGCAGUGCAUUUGGGCAGUCAAUGAGCCAGUAUUAAAGGGGUUUUUCUAUCUCCGAUAUUGAUGACAUAUCGCCAGGAUAUGCCAUCAAAGUCAGAUAGGUACAGUAACCACCACUGGGACCUAGUAUAGUGAAGACGAACACAGCGUGCUUGGCUAUUUUUGGUGAUGGAGAAUGCUCCACACAUGCAUGGCCACCUCUCCAUUCGCCCCUAUGGGACUACCAGAAGUAGCUGAGCCAACUCAGAACUCCCAUAGCGGUGAACGGAGAGUGGCCGCUCUCCAUUCCCUUCGGGGGCCCAUUAUUGAGAUAGGUACAGUUCCAACCUCCAGGACCUGCUCUUAUCUGAAAUUGAGCAUAUCCUAGCGAUGUGCUAUCAAUGUCUGAGAUGGGAAUACCCCUUUUAGUCUAUCUUAUGCCUUUUUUUUUUUUUUUACUACACUAAUUACAUUUUAGAUAAAUCUUAAACAUGCUACUGCUUACAUGUCCUGUACAAAUUUUGGUUAAAGGCAAUGAACAACUGCCCAUUUUGUAGAAGUAUGGUGACUUGAGUACCUAUGAAAAUACAAUAUCAUUUGUGGCAUAUGUAUUUAAAAGAGGAAAAAAGUUAUUUAUUUCAUUGAGGACAACUCAUUUUGUAAAUUAAGAAAAUGCACUAAGAUGUACAUUUUACAUUUUUAUUAUUUUUACACAUGACCUCACAUUACCUUUUAUUAUUUUUAUAUUCGAUAUGUCCACAGAAGCAAAAAGUAGUUCUCCAGUGAAGGUACAAGUGAUGUGGAGUACAACCUAUGUAGGAAGUAUCCAGUCUCAUUUGAGUAGGUACUUCUUUGGACCCACCUUUCUCAACUGGAACCAAUGUUAAGCUUUGAGAUUUCUAAUAUUGUACACAUUAGAAACUGUGUCUUUGUUGCAUGUGUUAAAUUUCCCCGGAAAAUUACUAAUGGACUACAAAUAAGUAUAACAUUUCAUUUCGUACCUGGUUUUACUUAAAAUGCUUGCAUACCAAGCAGUGGCUAACUUUUUUUUUAAUUGGAAAAUAAAGAAGCUAUUCCUAAACACCAGAUACAACACAUAGGCAAAUUUAUUUCCUAUGGUGAUAUAUAUUUUUUAAUUUUGCAUUGGUCACUUUCUUAUUUCAACUAUCCAAGAUUGCUGUACAUUUGAGCGUCUUUCUUCUAUGAAUUUUAUAACCAAACAUGCCAUUUGAAAGUAAGCUUUUUUUUUUUUUUUUUUUUUUUUUUUUUUGUGCAUGUUUAGGAAUUUUAGCUCUGUUUACAAGCUUAGAGAUGCUCACACUUCCGAAACUUCAGUUUUAUCUUUGGCAGCACUUCAUAAAUAUACUUUUGCAAAGAAAAAGCUUGCAGAACUCCUACUGACUACAGUGUUGGCCCAAUUCCUAGUCUAAUGGAAGUUGUAGUUGUAUAGAAUAUUAAAUAUUGAUUGUGUUUUAUAUUCGCCAGCUUUUGUUGUAAAAAAAAAAUGAAAUGGAAAGGAGAAAAAAAAUGCAAAAUAGACAAUUAACGUUGUAUAUAAUUUUACCAAAAGGUGCUACGGCCAACUAAGAGCUCUGUAAACCUGAUUGUGAUAGUGAGUUUACUUGGCUGUUCUAUAUGUGUUUGCUGGUAUUUCAAAAAAAAAAUUUUUUUUUUUUUCAAUACCUGCUUUUAGUACUUUUCACUAUUGUACAUUGAGAUGGAGCACUAUUGCGUACCAAAGUAUUAAAAGACAAAAAAAAAGUAGAAGAAAAAAAAAAAAACCCAAAGGGUAAUUUGAAUUAUUUUGGUCUAAGCAGCCAUUUUUAAGGCAACUUGUGAAUUGAAAAUUGUCAAGGGCAUUUGGACCAUAGUUAGUAAUUUACUGUUUAUUCUAUAGUAGUUAAAAAGAAUAUAUGCUUUCUGAUCUACUUACCGCUCGACCAUUUUGCACUGUUCGCCGAAUGUGUAAGGUAGGCUGUUGUUGCGGUUAAAAGCUCAGUUUGCUAACCUUGAGAUAAAAAUUGGCAGUGCGUUAUAUGUACAGUAUUGCAGCGAACACUUUACAUUUUGCUGGAAGGCAUUUUAUCGGAGCAGUGCCUGUUCUUAUCGCCUGUAAACUACUUAAAAAGAGGUUUCAUGCAUCCUGUCCCCAUAGGAGCAGUUCUUGGAAAGAAGAGGAUUCAUUACAAAGAAGUUCUCAGGUUCACUUCUUGCACUAAACUUCUUUUGAACCUGUGGCACGGCACCUCUUUUUGGAUAAAUGCAACUAUUUUGCCCCAGAGUUAAACUAGAAAAAUAAAAAAUAGAAAAAAAAUAAAGUGCUGAGUUUCAUUAUAUUAAGAAAACAAUGCGGAAU